AUCUGAGUUUGGAAUGAACCUGAGUAGCUAAAAUGGUAGAGAUACUUCUUCAAGAAGCAGGGACACUUCUUGAGUGAUUUUAAUCCUCCUUAGUGAAAAAUUAGUGAUUGACUUCAGCUCCGACCUGAGAGAGCUGUGGUGGAGACAGCAGCUCAAAGCCACGCCCUAGGUCUAAUGCCCCAGCUUCUCCUGUGGUGCCAACAUGGGGCGAUUGCCUUGACCGAAAGGGGGUGAGGCAAAGAGGCCGUGAUAAACAGGAAGUCCUUAACCAAGACACACACUGGGAAAGGAGCAUCAGAGCAAGCAGAACUCUCACAUCUCAAGCUCUAUGUGAAGAAGUAUUUUGGGACACAACUGUUAAACUUGCUGAGAAUAUGACCCUAGAAUGUGUGUAUCCAUCAAUGAACACUUUAACCCAAAUGGAGUGGUUCAAGAUCAAUAUGAUGGAGAGAGAGUCCAUAGCCAUUUUCAACCCUACUUACGGUGUGAUUGUGAGAAAGCCCUAUGCUGACAGGGUUUACUUUUCAAAUUCAACCAAUGCCUCUAAUGAUAUGAGCCUGUCCUUUCAUAAUGCCUCUGAGGCAGAUAUUGGCUUCUAUUCCUGCUCUCUUCAUACUUUCCCUCACGGACCCUGGAAAAAGAUGAUACAGGUGGUUCCAUCAGACACUUUUGAGGUAGCUGUGCCAUCAACUAGCCAGACAGUCUCAGAACUUGGAAAAAAUGUCACGCUCACCUGUCAGCCUCAAAUGAAGUGGCAGUUACAAGAAGUUACGUGGGAAAAGAUCCAGCCUCAUCAGAUCGACCUCCUAACUAGCUGCAACUUGUCCCAGGGAAGUAGUUACACUUCAAAGUACCCAAGACAGAUACUGAGCAACUGCCACCAGGGAAUGAGAAGAACCUUCAUCACCAUGCCCCACGCAACCGCCUCUGACUCAGGGCUCUACCGCUGUUGUUUCAAAGCCAGCACAGGCGAAACUGAAACUUUCGUGAUGAGACUGACUGUAACAGAGGGUAAAAUCAAUAACCAUUAUAUCAUCUUCAUGAUUGGAGGAGCAGCUUUGUUGUUGCUGUUGGUUCUCCUAAUUACCAUUGUCACUGUCAUUUCUUAUAAGAGAAGGAGAAGGAGACAGAAAAGAGGCCUAUUUAAAGAGGACUGGGACACACCACAUAAGUCAGCCAACAACCUCAGAAGUCCAGUCCCAAUCAAUCAACCAUCAGAUGACACAGGGGAGGAUGUUUAUGUCAACUACCCAACCUUCUCUCGAAGACCAAAGACUAGAAUCUAAGCUUUUUCUUUCAUCUGAGAAAAUUAAUGAUAGCCUCAUGUACAUGGAUCUUUGUACAACUUCUUCCCACUACUUAGCGUUUACCUUGGAUACCGCUUGACCGAAUAUAUUUCAUUUGAAAGGAAAAAUACUGCAUUACCUAGAGAGCAUUCUUAACAGAAAAGCUUUAGAAAAUCUGACUCUAAUGAACUUACACAUAAAAGGAAACCUAUUGAAUCAUGUAAUGGAACAAUCCAGGGGAGGUCAAGCUUCAGGCAAAGGUUAUUUACCAGGGCUUAAAUAUUACAUCUAGAAUUAAUAUGAAUUUAAGACAUUUCCUGGAUCCCCUUUCACAGUAUUGAAUCCACUUCCUUGGUAUUAGCCUAACUCUCAUUCAGGCUUUUCCUUCCAAGAGGACGGCCAACAGCUUUUGGCAAUUCCUAAUCCUUGCUUCUGUCUGGUAGAGAGUUUGCUCCGAUAGAACAAACACAUUUGGUUAUCUAUCCAUUAUUAAGCAGUCAUUCUGCUUAAUAAUGAAAGAAUGAAAUGGCUUAAGUCAAUUGAGCUUUCAUCUCUAGAGCCAGGUAGGAGUGGGGCCAAAGCACAUUACUGGGACAUUCAGAGUAUUAUUAGAGGAAGGACAGGGGAGCCUGAAAACUAGGUUGGUUGCCAACAAAUGUGGACUGCAGUGACCUUCCACGGCAUCUCUGUUAGCCAACUAAAAAGAAUAAGAGGGCAGAUCUAGGCUGGCUCUCCCUGUUCUCAUUUCCAGAAAGCUGCUCAGUCAGCUUAGUCCAGGCAAAUACUUAGUCCAGGCAGCAGAAUGACUGAGUGAUCAAGAGGAAAAUGAAUGUGACAGGGAAAUCUCUACCUUUUUCUACUCUCAAAUAAAUUCAUUCCUGAUUCCAUAUCAAAAUUUACUAUCUCUGGUCUAGCCUUAUGAGUAAGAGUAGUAGAUGGUCCAAUAAUAAUUUUUUAUACAGUUUUUUUCUACUUUUGAGAAUUAUUUUUAAUACAUAAAUUCUCUCAAAGAAUCAGGCACUUAGAUAUCAUUAGUUUUUAACAAAAUGAUUAUGUGAAAUGAAAUAUAAUAAAAAGACUGAUAUUUGGAAAUGGUGUAUAGGGUGGUAAAGUAGAAAAGUGGGGGUGCAGGGGGGAGACAUUGGGAGGUUAUGGGACAGAGGGAAGAGGAUUAAAGAAAAGGAAUGUACAAAGAAACUUCUCUUAUUUCCAAGUUUGGCCAAAGACACAGUUUGGCCUAAUGAUAUAACUGAGCAGUUAGAAACUAUACCUGUCACUGUCCAAAUUCUAGAUGGAAGCAAACCAUGAAAAGUGUUUGUUGAACUCAGUAAUGAUGGUCAUGGUCACCUUGAAAUCACAAUGGCUUGGUAAUGAGCAAAUACAGUGAACAUUCAUGUCUUAAAAGAUCUUCAUUUCUCAAAGAUUCAUCACAAAAGCUGCUGCAUUUAGGUUUCAAAGUUGGAGACUUUCAAGAUAAUCCUGAGUGAACCCAAACCAAGUUCUCAUAUUGUCUGAAAAGAUUCUAAAGCUGUAAAUUAGAGUUUUAGCGAGUCGUGGAUAUUUUUUAUGACUUUUAUCUUUAAAUCUUAUGCAUGCCAAAUAGUGCAGUUAUUCUGUAAAUUAUAGAAAUUGUGAGUACUCCUACCUGUUUCAGAAGGAGAAAAAUAAAAAUGACCACUUACCAAGUUGUACUUAUGUACAUGCAAAGAGAAAUCUCAUUUUUGUUUUGUUUGCUUACUGACCUUUAUAUCUGGAUUCAAAAAGUGUUUCCACAAAUAUACUUGUAACAAAGUUAGAAGGCAGCUUUACAAGAAAACCAUCUAUGGUUUUGUAACGAAUCAGAUUUUUGAAAAUUUCUAUGGCUGAAUCUAUCAGUUUGCAUGGUGACACAAAUUUAGCAUCUUUAAAAGAUAAAUGAAUGAUUUCUUUUUCCUAAAAGUUAAUAACAAUAUUUAUUUCUGGAAGAUUUUGAUAAUCAAAUUCUCAAUGACUAAUAUAGAUGAGAAGUAAAAUAUUUCUACUCUUAGAAUAUGCAGAAAUGUAAAUCUCAUUUUAACAGGGAAAAUGAUGACAGGGGAUAUGAAUGGUAGAACCAAAUGCCAUUGUCCUGGGUGCUGUUUUGGGAGGGACACUUGCAGUGUAUGGAAGUUCCCAGGCGAGGGGUCAAAUUGAAGCUGAAGCUGCUGGGCCUACAUCACAGCCACGGCAACGCCAAAACCCAGCCUCAUCUGCAACCUACACUGUGGCUCAUGGCAAUGCCAAUCCUUAAUCCACUGAGUGGGGCCAGGGAUCCAACGCACAUCCUCACGGACACUAGUCAGGUUCAUUACCACCGAGCCACAACGGGAAUUCUGAUGACUUUCAUUCAUGGUUCCAGGGAAGAUUUUUGUGGAAAAUCUCUUACAUAUUGCAAAGCCUUCAGAAUAUUUGAAACUUACCUCUUUUUUCCAUGUACGUAUUAAUCUUUUUAAAAUCUCUCACUCAAAAUAUUUAUGAAAACUAUUUAUACUGUCCCUUCUUUUCUACAAAUGCUUCCUCUUUGGAGUUCGGUAUUUGAAAUGUUCCUAAGUCCUGCUGAAAUUUCUCUGAUCUCCGCUGCUGAUCCUCUACACUGUCAGCUAUUAGGCUGAUGAAAUUCUGUUCAUUCAUUUUCUUAAUUGUAUGUCUUAACAAAGCACUUCGUCAUAAUGUCUUUAAUAUCAUUCCUAAGUGACUAGAGUUGUGUGUGUAUAUAUGUAUGAAAAACU